CAGGAGACAGAGGGAUAUCCCAGCAGAACGGGGUGAAUCAUCGAGACGACUGAAUCACCUGCAAAGCGCGAAAAUCCGGAAGUUUCACGAAUCAUAUCACCGCAAGGUAGUGUGCCAACGACGGUUCUUGACCGAGGCAUGUUCACACAGGGCGCAGGAAACAGUGACACUGGGUAUAACACGGGCGAACUCACCUCACGCUACGUAGCUGGUAUACUGUGUUCGAUGACGAACGACAACGGAGACGACUCACUGGGACACGUUCCUACAACGUAUGGGUACGGAUCGGGCAUCACCACAGCGACGACCCCGACCUUGACCCCGACGACGCAGAGUUUCGUCGAGCUGAUGACCUUACCGAUGGUCAGUCAGAAUCGGGUUGUGAAUGAGCAUGGCGGCUUCACGCCGGUGGUCAGCGAUGCCAACGGCUACCGGUCAAACAACGGCCGCCAGUACUGGCCACACUCAUCAGACCCGAUCACGGCGAGGGGACUGGUGCCGAUGAGGGAAGGCGCGAGUGCGGCGGGCACGAACACACGCCGUGGAGGCCGCAGGGUCAAGUACGAAGCUUUGAAUCCAGAAGAAGAAGCUAAGCGCCGAGUCAGAAGAGAGCGAAACAAACUCGCAGCAGCCAAAUGUAGGAAGCGACGCCUGGACCACACCAAUUGUUUACUAAUGGAAACAGAUAUGCUGGAGGAUGAACGGAGCAAGAUCGAGAACGAGAUAGCUGAGCUACAGAAUCAGAAGGAGCAGCUAGAGUUCAUUCUGCAGGCUCACGAGCCCACCUGCAAGCGCGGUGGUGCCACCUUCGCCACGUCCGACAUCCCGCUCAUCGAGCCGAAGUUGAGCAGUUGUGGCGGGCUGUCGCGCCCUACGACUCUCAACGUCACGUCGGUGCUGACGACGUCCGUCAAGCAGAACGGUGGCGCCCUCGUGAGCCUGCCCAUGUUGACGCCGAGCAAUGUCUACACGACGCCCUCUGGCGGUACGCUGUUCAACUUUGCCGACAGCGACUUCGGCGAUCACUCUGGGCUGACGCCGCUGAUACAGCCAAAGUCGUGCGCGGACGAAGCGAACAGAGGUUCCAGCAGUGACAUGUCGAGUCCUGAGACAAUCAAAUCACCGACGUUAGUGUCACUGUAAGCAUUCUCGCCACUUGCGGUGGCCCUCUGACCCACGCUUGACCUAUCGCAGCCCGUCGAGAGACAAGGACCCACAUCCUGUGCGCUUGGUUCGCUGCACUGCUGCAAAAUGUCACUGACAGACUAUUAAGUAUUAACGAGGGGUGUUCUCCCCGAGGAGAGUGAGUUGAGAUGCUACACUGCCCUCGCCCACGUAACACUUGUUCACGUUUAACGGUCGGUUUGCUCGCAGAAUGUCUGUUUGCGCGGUGUGACCACAAACCGUAGGUAACGCGAGGAAUGUGUGUUGAGAGCACGCUUUUAUGUGUGUGCGUACUAGUCGGAAAGCAUUAGAUCUCCCAUCCAGGUGUUAUAUUUAUGCAUGUCCCUAUCAUCACGACCUAUGCAAAUCCACAGACUAGCUGAAUAAGCAGAAGUUAUAUUUUGAGUACAUAUACGUUGUGUGAACAAGUUUGUAGUUGCCAUGCUACCGCCUAUCCGUUUCAGGGUCUAUGUGUCAGCGAUGGUGAACAUACGUCCACUUACUAGUUUAACGGUCACGGUGUUGUGCUCCAGUCUGCUUAACCUUGACCGACAUUUUAGGCUGGUUUACUCCGUAUUUGUAAUCUUUAAUUAGCGUGACGGGAAGUUGCAUAAUCGUUAUUAUUAUUAAGUAGUAACACGAAUGUAUGUAUAUAUACAUAUGUUUGUGGUAGUCGUUUAAAUGUGGCUGUGUACGUGCUUGUAGUGUGGCUGUUGUGAUAUGUACUUGUGCCUAUUUUGUUGCUACGACGAUUCGGUGCUUACAGCAAGAUGAUUUUGAUUAAUUAAUCAACGCAAAGUCGUCUAUAAAUCCUAGUCAUUGGUGAGAUAUCAUGUAAGAUCCUCCUUUUGCAGGAAAAACGGAUCCUUUUUUGAAAAAAAAGAUAUCACUGCCUAGUAUAUGUAUACACACUAAUUUCAAUCGUUUUGCUUAUGCAAUACAAAUCGAAAGUCGUACCUGAUUGUAUUAUCUACAUCGAUAUCGUUGUGAUAAGUUAUUUAGCGCUUCCAUGUAAUUAAUUAGUCAUGAGAAAUAUUUUCAUAUAUAAAUGUAUAAUAUAUUGAAUGCGCGUUUGUUUUACCGUCACCAGGCGUACGUAUACACAUUCAUAAUUCGUGCAUCAUCAGAUGUUCAAGGUUUUGCUCCGUCUGCGCCAAACAUAUUCCGUCGGCAACGUCGCAGCCUCUCGCUGUAUCGACGGUACCUCGAUUUGGCACAAGUCGUGUCUUAGACUGGUAGCCAUAUGAAGGCCGGCAUGUGUAGUCGGUGGUAGGCUGGUCGCUUAGGGUGCGUAAACAAAAUUCUAGACACACGCACGCACGCAUGCAUGCACGCAAGCACGCGCGCACACACAGUGUCUUUGUGAAACCGGUUUGCAAAGCUUUUAUAGAGCAAGGUGCAAGAAAACUAUUUUGCUAUUGUGUUUUGUAAGUAAAGUGUGACAAAAUGCCUUUAAUAACAGGCGUUUAUACAUCGCGCCAGUCACACGGUUGCUGAACUGCAUUCUUUAACCGAACGUACCUUUUAUAUCACGUGCUCAGUACUGUUUGUUAUUGCGUGCGGAUGAGCCAUUUUUUCAAAAUAGCUCUGCAUAUUUUCCUAUAAUUACCUAAUGGGCUUGUAUUUGCUUGCCUACCAAUCGCCUAAUUAUUGUUGCUGGUGUGUAAUGAAACGAAGAGUGAGCUCUUUUCGAUUUUAGAAGUGAAUUGUAUUUUAUAUAAAAUAUGGGUUUCCACUUUUCUACCAGCCAAUUUUGAUAGAGCCAGACGGUAACACUGGCAUUCACUCAGUACACGCUCACUAUGGAAUGAUCGUGAUUCACAUGACAUUUGGGUGCGUUGUUAGACACUGUUACUGUUGACAGUAACAAUGAAGUAAAAUGCCGCUUAAAAGUAUAUUUUUGGUAUGUUUGGAAACUUUUGUACUCGAGUUUUUAUUUUAUUUUAUGCAAAUAUUCUACAGUUCAACAAUAUACACAAUAUAAUAUUAAAUGAUGCAGACUGCAAAAGUGCGGGUCUAAUAUGCGGUUUAACAGAAAGGCCUGUGUUCCUAUUACUGAAGUAAUCUGAAGCUCGCUGAAUUUGUGAAGCAAUUCUCUGUUUUGACUGCUUUGCAACGAUGAAAUUUUGUUGAAUUUCGCAUGUUAAUUGAGUUCUAUUUUGAUUUGGUUGCGCAGAUGUAACGUAUGUGUAGUGAAUGACAGGCUAUAUAAUAUGCCUAUAUGUAUAAUUAUAAGCAAUAUUACAGUUAUGUGGCUGAGUUUUGAAAUUGUUCUCAGACUAGUAAAGGUUAUAUAUACGGAUUUCAUUUUAUGUAGUAAAAUGAUUGAUUGGAUUAUAUAACAGGAAAUUUCAAAAAGACAAAUUGUCAUACCUGGUUAAUAGAUCACAUGACAGUUUAUGUUUAUUUGCGCUCAUUUGAAAAUAAAACCUGUUCAUUUUAUAUAUCUCA